AUGCACUCCUUCACAUCACUCCUAGCCCUCUCAGUCCUCCUCCUCCAGGCUCUCCCAGUUACUCUCGCCGCCCCAGUUCCCGACUCCGGCGACAGCUGGGUUGGCGGAUACGGCAACGCAAAUGGCAUCGACAACAUCGCAAACACGCAGCUCGACCGCCGCGAACCCCUUAUUGCAAGGCAGACGACUGGCGGAUACGGAAAUGCGAAUGGGGUUGGAAAUGAGGGCAACGUCCAGCUCGACCGUCGUGAAAUUGACUCCAGCGCAGACAUUGGCCCAGGGGAUUUCGCUGGUCUAGGCGAUUUCCCGGGCCUGGGCGAUUUCUCGGGCUCUGGGAAUGAAGAUGUCGCUGUUUGA